AUGGUCGACAACGAAAGGGAACGGAUGUUCGACGAGUACAACGAGAUUCUAGACAGCCUGAGGACGGCGUUCGUGGAAAAAUGGAAGAUGAAAAUGGACGACUGUGGAAAGCCGGACGACUUCGACCGUUUCCGAACUGUCGGCACCGGUGCCUUCGGCCGCGUGAUGCUCGUGAAGCACAAGCCGACGUCCACGUAUCACGCUAUGAAGGUCCUCGACAAAGCGAAACUCGUCAAGACGAAGCAAGUGGAUCACACGCGUAAUGAAAAACGGAUCUUGCAGUCCAUUAACUUUCCCUUCAUAGUCUUCAUGGAGUUCUGCUUCAAGGACAAUUCGUACGUGUACAUGGUGCUGCCGUUCGCGCAGGGCGGUGAGAUGUUCACCCAUCUUAGGCGUAUGGGGAAGUUCGAUGAAUCGCUAGCGAGGUUUUACGCCGCUCAAGUAGCCUUAGCCUUGGAAUACCUGCACCACUGCAGCCUGAUCUACCGGGACCUCAAGCCGGAGAACAUCCUAAUACAAAACUCCGGCUACAUCAGGAUGACCGACUUCGGCUUCUGCAAAAUGGUAGACGGUCGCACGUGGACAUUGUGCGGCACCCCGGAAUACCUGGCGCCGGAGGUAAUCCUGUCGAAGGGCUACGGCAAGGCUGUCGACUGGUGGAGCUUCGGUGUGCUGAUCUACGAGAUGAACGCGGGAUAUCCGCCUUUCUACGCGCACGAUCCUAUGAAGAUCUACGAGAAGAUCGUUGCUGGUAAAUACAAGUUCGCUCAUCACUUCGGAGAGGAGUUGAGGGAUAUCCUGAAGAAUAUUUUGCAAGUGGAUCUGACAAGAAGAAUCGGCAAUAUGAAGGACGGUAGUCUGGACAUUAAGAAGCACCGCUGGUUCAAAUCUAUCAACUGGAUCGAGAUUUAUCAUCAGAAGGUGCAGCCGAGUUUCAUUCCCCAUUGCAGUAACAGCGGCGAUGCUACCAAUUUUGAUCAUUAUGAUGAAGUAUCUCUGGAGGUCUCGUCGUUUGACCAAUAUAGUAAAGAAUUCGCGAAUUUUUAA